AUGAUGGACCAUCUUACCAACCACGAUCCCAUCCUCCUCCCCUGUGUGGAACCAUGUUGUGUGGUGGUCUCCCGGGAGGAGAUUGUCUAUACAAGCAAUCAUCGGUCAUCUCUUGUAAAAAUGGAAAGCCUCGAUGAUGAGUAUGAGCCGAAUAUGGAUGGAGGAGAUGAAGAGGUGGAGGAGGAUGGGAUUUAUGGUGGUGAUCAGUAUGUUGGUUAUGGUAGGUUUGGGAUAUGGGAGGAGCAGGAGCUGAUGGCUGAUUUGUAG